AUGCCUCCUUCCACAUCCUGUAUCUCGGCUGCCCACUCCGCGGCAGCUCGUGCCGCGCAAGGGACCCAGCGUCAUCAUCACAGAUUGUCCUUAGAUGGACAUACUUCGUCUCAUCCACCUAUCACCUCUCGCCGAUUGUCACAAAGGAGUCCUCACCGCGAAGGCUCUUUUCGCCGUGCCUCCAUAUCACCCGCGGAGCGUGACACGUUUAAUCUUGUACGGGGGGGAAGCCUUAAUUGGGGUGAUUUUUCUCCUCGUGUUACCUCCAGUCCGGGGAGUCCGCCGACUUCCCCUCCGUUGUCGGCCUCACUUCAUGUUCCCCCGAUGCCUACCAAGAGUCUUCUGAACAGUGUUGCUGGUGCUGCACAUUAUUCUGGAAUGGCGACUGAGGAAGGUAUACACGAGCAGUUCGAGCCCACGUUCGCAGAUGGGGAGGACCGAACAGAACUUGGCCCCGUCCGACGGGCAAUACUUGAUUCUGUCCUAGCUCUCUACUCCGGAAAUCCAUCCAUCGAAAUAUUUUCGACAUAUUGGAGGAAGGACGCGGUGUUUGAGGAUCCUCUGACUUUGUGUCAUGGGUAUCGGGAAUAUGCUGCUCAAUUUUAUGGUCUGGCGAAGUUUGUAUCCAAGACUGUAACUGUCUCGCAUCGCGUGUUGGCUUCGACCACCUCGCCAAGUCGAAUAGUGUACAGUCAAGUCCAGGAAUACACCUUCAAAUUCAUGAAGCAGAAAAAAACAAUUCAUUCGAUGGUGGUUAUACAUCUUGAUCGCGAAGAGAAAAUCAUCAAACUUGAAGACAAAUGGAAAGGCAUCGACCAGCCUCAUAAAUAUGGUGCUCUCUUCUUCCGAAGGCUUAACGCAAAGACUCUUCCUUUCCUCAUUAAGUAUCCUAAGCAAAUUGCUUCGAGCCAGUCUGUAUCCAUACUUGGUUCGCCUCACACAACUUCUUCGUAUCCGCCACCACCACAUGAUACCAAACCGGCACCGUUACCGAGUCCACCUACUCAACACCAUAGGUUAUCCCCAGUGCUUGGCUCAGAUUCCGGCUCAACUCCUGAGAUCAACUCCUCGGGUACGAGUCGAAUAGGCUCUUCUGCUCCAGGUGCUUAA